AUGGAAAUGCGAGAGAAAUCGCAGGACGUUCUAGCGCGAUCAGACAAAAAUUCUCGUAGAAAACGUCUAAAAGUGAGUAAAAACAGCAAAGAGACGUUAUUCGAUUCGGGGUCAAGACCUGCAACCCAACACUGCCAGGGAAUCAACCGACUGCCGAUCGAGGUGUUGUUGGACAUAUGCUCCUACCUCGAUCCCCGGGAUUUAUAUAACCUUCGUGAAGUUUGCAAGCUGUUUAGCCAUGUGGUGGGUAGCCCAGCGGUGUGGAGGACGUUCGAGGUGACAGGAAACGAGGUGAACACGUUGCGGGUCAUCCAGGAACUGAGGCGAAUGCCGUUGCUGAAGAAGUUUACCCUAAACGCGAGAGCGGAUAGCGACGACAUUCUGCGUCAGUUGUCGGUGACAAAUAAGAACCUCGAAGAAUUGUACAUUUUGAAUUGCACAGGGUCGACGGCCAAACUUUAUCUCAGGUCGCUCCACCUGAUACGAAUACUGGAAAAGUGCAAUCGCCUUCACACUAUCAAUAUAUUGGGCACCAGAUUCCGCGGGGUCAAAUUUUACAGGCUUUUAGCUGACAUGGGGUUGAGACUGAGGGCAGCGUCCACGCCUGCCACUCCCUUGCAAUUUCGCACUUUUGCCAAUCACGCUGUUCAUAUUCCCGAGGCUGGGAGACAAAUUCUGAAUGACAUGUAUUUUGGUUGCAAAAAUUGGGCCCCUCUGCACUACUACGUGAUUGAUCGCAACAGUGCAACGCCAUCUGCGUUCAUAAGCUACUUGAACAGAGAUUUCAUUUCUGUAGAUAUGUGACACGCGAGACGAGAAGCUUUUAGGUUAAACUCUUACUAGUAGAUUAAAACCUCGAAGGCUU